CUACACUCAUUUUUCACCUUCAAAACUUCUCUCUGAUAUCUUCUGCUCUUACAGACCUCAGAGAGAGCUGUAGAAAUGGUGAGAGCUCCCUUUUAUGAUGAAAAUGGAGUCAAGAAAGGAGCAUGGAGCGCAGAAGAAGAUGAGAAACUAAAGGCUUAUGUUCAGAAACAUGGCCAUUGCAAUUGGCGGGAGCUCCCUAGAUUUGCAGGUUUGUCGAGGUGUGGAAAAAGUUGCAGGCUGCGGUGGAUCAACUACCUUCGUCCGGAUGUGAAAAGAGGGAAUUACUCCAAAGAUGAGGAAGAACUAAUCCUUAAAUUGCAUCAACAACAUGGAAACAAAUGGUCUCUAAUAGCUACAAGAUUGUCGGGAAGAACGGACAACGAAAUAAAGAAUUAUUGGCACACCCAUUUGAAGAAGCUCAAAACUAGCAAGGUUACAAAGAAGCAACAAAACGAGGCAAUUCCCAAGCCAAAACCCAUCCAAAAAAUAGAAUCAGAAAUCAACAAAACCACAUUUGAAAACGACAUAAUUCCCUCUCAUCAGAUUGUCGAAAGCUCACCAGUACUCUCCCCUUUGUCCUCUGAACUCUCCUCCAAUGUCUUCUCCACUCAAGAAUCCGCAGCUUCCACCAUAGACAUGGCUGCAGAAGAAAACAGCCCAGCUCCAACAACAGUAACAUCAUUCUCAUUUCAAGAGCCAAAUAAUGAUAAUAAUGCAGAUUUUUGGGCUCACCCAUUUGAAGCAGCAGAAAAUUUUUUGGAAGUUGAGAGUGAAGAUUCAAUCUACUUUGAUUCUAUAGGAGGCUUCAAUUCACCUUAUGAUUUGAUUUUUGAUGAAGACUUGCUGAUCUACCAAGUAAUGAAAGAAUUGACUCAGAAAAUGACCAGUCCCAAUUGUAUGAUUAAUUAGUACUAAAACAUGUAUGUAUAUAUUCAUAUAUAUGGGUGUAAUUGUGUAGAGCUUUUAGUACAUCAUAGAAUUGUGUCAUAUGCUACUCAAAUGAUGGAUGUAUUUGGAAAAAAAAAGAAAGCUUAACAAAGA